AGGAGGCCUUUUCAAAUUUACCAUGCUGCAUGGUAGUUCAAGUUAAGACGGAGUGCAGUUACAUGGCCGCGUUGUGUUGCGGAUAAUCCGAAAUUUCUACACCAUGACCCUUUGAGGCAAAGGUCCUGACUCUCACUGACCAUGCAUAUGUGUAUAUAUAUACACACACACACACAUUAAACCCACCACAACCUUUCCUUCUCAAAUUCUCAUCUGUUGUUCAUCACUUUCCCUGAUCAGCUAUAGCUAGCGUCUCCAGAACUAAAAAGUUUAUUCAAAAUGAGACAUUUGCUCCAAUAUUUCUUCCUCUUAUUCUUAAUCCCUACAAUCUCUUUUACCAUCAUCCCUGCAGUUCACAGCCUCUGCACUAAAGACCAGCAACUAUCAUUGCUCCAUUUGAAGCAAAGCCUUACACCUUAUCAUCAUAAACCUUAUUCUCCUUUGAACUCAACCAAGGUUAUGUACUGGGAUUCCAGAACUGACUGUUGUUUUUGGGAUGGUGUUACUUGCAGUAGUGAUGGACAUGUUGUUGGUCUUGACCUUAGCGGAGAAACUAUCGGCACCGGAAUUGGCUAUCGCUCUCCCAUUCCAUCUGCAAUCGGAAACCUUACCAGUUUGAGGUAUCUUGAUUUAUCAAAUUCCAAUUUCACUGGAUCAAUUCCAAAGACAAUGGGGAACCUAAAACAAUUGGUUUAUUUGAAUUUGUCAUCAAACAUGCUUAAUGGUCCAAUUGAUUCUAUUCAGUGGGAAAAUCUUGUUAAUCUGAUAGAUCUCCGCUUGUACGACAAUCUACUCGGGGGGAGUAUUCCAUCCUCUAUCUUUGCUCUUCCCAUACUGCAAUUUUUACUAUUUUCCCACAAUCAAUUCUCUGGUCAACUCCAUGAAUUUUCUGAUGCUUCUUCCUCCUACUUACUUAGCCUUGAUUUGAGUUCCAACAAUUUGGAAGGACUAAUACCCACGUCUAUCUUUAAUUUUCACGCACUUGAAAGCCUUAAUCUUUCUUCAAACAAUUUCAGUGCCUUUCCUUUUAAUGGUCCCCAACAGCUGAAAAAUCUUAAUGAAAUUGAUCUUUCGUACAAUAGCUUGCUGAUUUUUUAUAAUGGCACCACUUCCUCAUAUUCCUCAUUUCCAAAUAUUGUUCGUUUAAAUUUGACUUCUAACAAGUUGAGAACAAUUCCAGAUUUCUUGAGAUAUCAAUCCGGAUUACUCAAGUUGGACCUUUCACAAAACCAAAUUCAAGGCAUGAUACCGAAAUGGAUUUGGGGGCUCGAUCUUUUCUCCCUAAAUCUUUCUUGUAACUCCUUGGCAACUCUAGAAGGUCCUGUACCUAAUUUCACUCUAGUUGAAGUUGACCUUCACUCAAACCAACUCCAGGGGCCACUCCCAACUAUCCCAUCCAAUGGCGGUUAUGUGGAUUACUCAAGAAAUCAUUUCAGCUCUAGUAUACCAUUUGACAUUGGUGAGUGUUACUUCUUAUCGCUUUCGAGCAAUACCUUGCAUGGGAUCAUUCCAAGAUCGAUAUGCAAUGCUCGUGAUGUUCAGGUUAUUGAUCUGUCCAAUAAUUCUCUGACUGGCGUCAUUCCCAAAUGCUUGUCUGCAAUGCCCUAUCUUGUAGUACUUAAUUUGAGGGGAAACAACCUUACUGGACGUAUUUCUAACUUAGAAUUUGGAGAAGGUUGUCACCUCAGCACUCUAGACCUUGGUGAAAAUCAGAUAAAAGGCCAGUUUCCAAAAUCUCUAGCCAACUGUAAAGAUUUAGAGUUUUUAAACCUUCGAAACAAUCAGAUAAAAGAUGCCUUUCCAUGCCUGUUGAUGAACAUGACAUCCUAUUUGCGUGUCCUUAGUUUGCGGUCCAACCAAUUUUAUGGAGGUAUUGGAUGUCCCAACACCAAUGAUACAUGGCCAAAUCUUCAAAUCAUAGACCUAGCUCAUAACAAUUUGAGUGGUGAAAUACCAGCAACAUUUUUGACAACAUGGCAAUCAAUGAUGGCUGAUGUCCACGAAAAGGUCAAUGUCCUAGAAUUUUCACAACCAGGCGGGGGGAUUUUUGUUGGUUUUUCUUUUGGGGAUGCUGUAACAGUUAUCAGUAAAGGUUCAGAGAGGUAUCUGGUGAAGAUUAUAACUUCCUACACCUUGAUUGACUUCUCAUGCAACAAAUUCAGUGGAUCAAUACCUAAGGAAAUGGGAGCAUUCAAAUCACUGUACUCGAGUCCUUGGACCUGUCACUGAACAAGCUGAGCGGGCAAAUUCCACCACAGUUGGCAAAGCUUACUUUCCUUUCAUUCUUGAAUCUCUCAUAUAAUCAACUAGUCGGCAG